AUGGGUCCUGUUCUUUUUUUGGUUAUGAUCAACGAUCUCCUCGAUGAAUGGCCCGACCGAUGGAAGUGUGUAGAUGAUAGUACGGCUACUGAAAGUGUCAUGGUUGAUUGUAGCAGUAAUCUUCAGGAUCUCGUCGACUAUAUCUAUAAUUGGACGGUUACAAAUAAUAUGAAACUUAAUGUCACUAAAUGUAAAGAAAUGAUCCUUGACUUUGGUAGGGUAAAACGGAAUUUCCCAGCAUUAUUAAUCGAGAACACUGAGGUUGAACGUGUAAAUUCUGCCCAAAUUCUCGGCGUUACGAUCCAAACCAAAAUGAAUUGGAAUGAACACGUUAAUAAAAUUGUUAAGAAAUCUGGGAAAAGAUUGUAUAUGCUCAGGUUAUUGAAACUAGCCAACGCUGACACUAGAAUGUUAUCCAUCGCAUUUACCACUAUUAUAAGGCCAGUCUUAGAAUACGCUUGCCAAGUUUGGCACUUCAACAUUCCAGGUUAUUUGAGUGAUGAUAUUGAAAGGAUUCAAAGAAGAGCUUUGAAAAUUAUUUUACCAGAACUUAGCUAUAACGAUGCACGCGAACUUAUUAAUAUUCCAUCCUUGAAGGAACGACGUGAGAUUUUAUGCGAACAGUUCUUUUUGAGAGAUGAGAACCUUCAAAAAUUGGAUGAAUUUUUACCUAAUAAAUCCUCUUCGGUCUAUGAUGCGAGGGGAAAUUGUAAAUAUAAUAAUUAUUAUUGUAAAACAGAACGUUUUAGAAAAUCCUUCUUACCACAAAUUAUUUCGAAAUUAAAUUGUAAAUAGUAGUUUACUCUUUUAUAUUUAAUUAUUUGUAGUAUAGCUGAUGUAAUUUAACCUUUGGUUACAAAAUCAGUAAAUAUAUUUAAUAAUAAUAAUAAUAAUAAUAUAUAUAUAUAUAUAUAUAUAUAUAUAUAUAUAUAUAUAUAUAUAUAUAUAUAUAUAUAUAUAUAUAUAUAUAUAUAUGAUUUUGUACUUUUUAUACCUAAUUUGUACUGUAGAUGUUGCAGAUGAAGAGCCAUAUUUUCUAUGGAUAUGCUGCAAUAAAUUCAUUAUUAUUAUUAUUAUUAUUCUGAGGAGAGAUAUUGGACUUGAUGUCGGAGAGUAUAUCAGAUAAGUGGUUCUGCCUCGUGCCCUGGCGCUUUGAAUAAUUAUAAUACAUAAAGUAUUCAGGAAGGCAGGAGACGCGCGAAGGGGCUGUUGGGAAGGCUGCGUCCUGAGGAGCGCCUGCAUGGUAGUUCUCGUAAACUGCAAUGGCGGACAAACAUCGAAUUUAAUACAAAACGUUACCAUAUCGUCAAAAUAGUACUCUGUGUGUAAAACCUUAUUUUUUGGUUGAACUGAACGCCAUUGGCAAAUAAUAAUAAAUUUGUAGAUGUUUGAUCACAUGCAAAAUGCGCGAAAAAUUAUGAGUAAAUUACAUGGCAAGUUAACCGUGCGAAUAUUUUAUCCCCGAGCCAACGGCGCGAAGCGUCGUUCCGGGCGUUUGCCCGGAGCGAGGGUAUACCAAUUCCGCUCGGCUAUUUACACCCGGGGAAAGGAAAGCAUUAGCGAAGUCUAAAGUUCAUCAAUGAUCGCGGGCGUGGGUCACUGUGCGUUUUGGGUGGGCGGUCAUCUCACUGAUCUUAAAGUAUGGCUGUUUGCCAGGAGUGAAGAAGGGAAAUUUAAAAUAUAAAAAUACAUGUUGGAAGGCCUGGAAAAUCGUUUCACAUAACAAAUUUUAAAAUUGUUUCAUUUUUUAAACGUAAACAUUUAUUAGAAUUGAUUAAGUAUGAGAAAUCCUAAAGCAUUGGACAAGUUUGUUUCAAUUGUUUAUGUGUGACUUUGUAUUAUUAAAUAAAUAGUUAUAGACUUUGUUCUUGUUGUUCAAGUCUUUCCUAUGCAUUGUAUGCGAAAGUUUCUUAGUUAAAUUAACUUUUGUAGAAGUUCGUGAUAAAAAGAAAAGCAAAUUUUUGUUCAUAAGCAUCCUGUACGAAUUAAAUUUAUUUCAUUUCAAAGUACAAGUAAUAAGUUGAAGCUAGAGUUGAAGAGUUUAUUAGCUUAAUAUCCGAAAAAGCAGUUCAUUUCAAUCCACAUUUAAAAAAGUUUUACAUAGAGUUUCGUUUCGAAUUUUACAUUAAAAUACAGCCCGUAUAGAAAGCAAAAUAAUUUUCCUACUUUAUAUAUUUUAUAAAUUGAUAGUUCUGUAUUUAAAAGCGUUCAAGUUUUAUCUAUUUUUUUGCAGGUUUCUACAAAAAGUUUAAAAAACAAUUAUCGUGUUGCCAUGACUAACAUGAUGGCAAGAUGUGACAACGCGAGCCUGUGUUCAGUGUUGGCAUAAUUAGGAACACUUCAAGUUGAAACAGUGUUUGGAAAAUAUAGGCGAAGGGUCGUUGCAUGCAUGUAUUUCUAGUUUAGAAUAUAGAGAAUAUCAUUCUGCAGUAUUUAAAUAAAAUUUCACAACCGUAAAGUUUGAAAUAUUAGAACAGUGCAAUUUUAUUGUUUAUACCUUUAUAUAUAGUCAUAGCUUGCAAAUCUAGUUCCUGCAAGUAAACCUUGCAAAUCUAGUUCUUCAACGCUUCGGUUGAUGACAUGUUAAUAUUGCAAGAGUUUAAAUAAGGCAUAUGCAACAUAUACCAAGAAUAACAGCAUGAAUUCACGCCCAGAUGAUAGAAGAAUAUUAACAUUGGUCAAUACUACAAAAACAAGUAGCAAAAAAUCGUAAACGACAACGAACUAUCACAACUUGCAAGAAAUCGUACUUUGUUGCACGCAAUCGACCAAGAAUUGUCAGGUGUCUCGCAUUUCAAGUGCACUCUUCCCAUCAACCCCUUCGUUCUCUCGCCAUCACAAUACUUCAUGUAAACUCGCCAUAUGCGCAUCACUGGGUUUUUUUACAAAGAGAUCUCUGAUUACGAGGCAGUAAGUGCUUAGUCUUCUACUUCUUUUACCCUAUGUCGUUUAGUGGCAGUAUUGUCGACCGUUAAGGUACGAUGAAAAUAUAAAGCAAUAUCGCAUCAACUAGACUCAGAAACACAACAAAUGCAUUCUGUUAACAUGUUAGAUAUAUAUUUUACAUAUAUUGUUAAUAUUUUUUGAAUUAUUUCGUUAUUACCUAUUAUAAGGUUAAAUAUUCAGUAUAAAUAUUCAAAAUAAGUAGACCAUUCCGAGAUUGGGCCGCCUGUGGCGACACUUGCUAGGAAGAUGGCGACCGUGGGACAACUUUUCUACUAAAAUUAAACAUCUUUUCUUAAUUUGUGAUUUAGCUUUAAUGAAAUGGUAUUUGAAAAAUACGCUGUCAACAUUAUCUGACGAUAUCGUCAUUACUUUUCUGCAAAACCUGAAAUAUAUCGGCAAAAUUAGUUGCAUGCAUCUUGAACUUUAAGCCCAUAUAAUGCAAACUGAAAUAUUGGUAGUUCUACAGUUAACAGUGUUAUACUUUUUAUUUUUUAUACUUUUUGUUUUCAAAAAGUUAAAAAAAAACAAUGAUGGUGUGUCUUUGGUUUGGCCACUGGAAAUCGAUAAAAUGACGCGAGCAACGUACGCCAGCCUCCAAUCAGUAUUGUCGUAAUUAAGGGUACUUCAUGAUGGAACAUUGUGAUAGAAACACUCAAACACAUGAUGGGAAAUAUAUGCGAGGGUUUGUUUUAUGCUUAAUGGAUUAUGUUCGAAUAAUUACUGCGAACUAUAAUUGUUAGGUUUGAAAAUAUGGCGGGUUAGAGCGUGAAUGUAUUUCUAUUAAAUUUUAAUUAAGUACUAUUUGCAAGAUAGCAUCUAAUAACUGUUUAUUAUUGCAACGAAAAGAGUCACCAUUAGUAUUUGCCAAUUAAUGUAUAAUAUGGGAAUUUUUAGAUUUAUUUAUUGAUUGAUAUGAUGGAUAGUCUGCAAAUUGGGUUGUAUCAUUAGAAGGAAAUGUAGUAAAUACGAAUUAAACUAUAUAUGCUUUAUGGCUGAUUCUUUUUUUAUCUUAUUUAGGCAAGAAAUCAAAUUUAAGGCGAAGCGGUUGAUCAUUUCUUCCGUCAGCUUUUCGUUUUCUACGUUUGGGCAACAACUUUCAACAUUUGUGACAAUAAUGGUUCUAAUCGAGACUGACAGGUCCAUACUUACACCUUACAAUCUGAUCACAAUGAUUUUGCUUUUUUUAAAUAUCAACAACGUGGUUCUUUUCGAAAUCCCAACUGGAAUUCAUUUUACUACAAACAUAAUUAUCGCGCUUACCCGGAUACAGCAUUUCUUGGAAAGCUAUGAAUUCAUGGAUGCCACGAUCGAUAAGGAUAGAGUUCCUGCAGGUAAUCAUGACCAAUCAGAAUGUGUUGAAACGUCAACUGAAGAGAUGAAAGCUUCGGGGAAUGUAAACUGUACUCCUCACGUUUGGCUAGAUAAUGUGUCAUGUAAUUUACCCCCAUCAGGUGUUUCAAAUCUUCAGGAAAACAGUAUAUCACUGUUAAAGGACAUUUCUUUUAAGAUAUCAUCAAAGGGAAUGGUUAUUAUUACUGGUUCUGUUGGUAGUGGAAAGUCAUCGCUGCUCGCCUGCAUUCUUAAUAAGGAACUUCGUGUUAUCAAGGGAACAAUAAAGCGUGCUGGAAGCAUCGCCUAUGUUUCAGAUAAACCGUGGGUAUUUCCAGGCACCAUUCGUCAGAAUAUAUUAUUUGGUUCAGCAUACGACGAAAAGUGGUAUUUAGAAAUCGUGAAAGCUUGUCAGUUGGAAAAAGAUCUUAAGGGAUUCCCGGAAUUGGACUUGUCUCGUAUUGGAGAACACGGUGCAACAUUGAGUGGUGGACAACGGGCACGUUUAGCUCUGGCACGCGCCGUUUAUUCACGGGCAGAUAUAUAUCUAAUGGAUGAUCCUUUAAGUUCUUUAGAUGCCAAAGUAGCAGAAAAUAUUUUCAAGAAUGUUUUAAAAAGUAUGUUAUCAGAACGAAUUGUGUUCUUAGUCACGCACAAACAUUUCAAUGAAGCUGACUACAUCAUAAUGUUGGAUAAAGGUAAGAAGCUUCAGUCAUGUUUACACAACUACUAUCUCAAGUAAACUAUAAUUUUGCCCAUUGAAGACAUUCAUUUGAUAGAUGCGCGAGGAAAAUGGGAUAGCAGGCAGGUGAGGCAGGUGAGGCGGGUGAAGAAAUCUUUAUUUAAAUUCGGUUAACUCUUCAGUGAAAACACUGCUUUACAAGAGGGCCGACAUUAUUAAAAAUAACUAUACACAAUGUAAUUUUAGGUAUGAGAUCUGAGAUAUGAUCUUUAGAUAUGAGAUCUUUUUUAAGACAUUUCUAAACUAUUACUGCAUUUUACUUCUGCUGGUAGCUCGUUUCAAAUAUUUGCUCCAGAAAAGGCAAAACUUUUCUUUAGAAUUUCUGUUUGUGUUCUUUGCAAAAUUAGACAAAAUUUUCCUUUUCUAAGAGAAUAUGCCUGAUCCAUGAAAGACAUUUUAAAAUGGUCAUGUAAGUAGACAGAAGCCAUAUUAUUUAAUAUUUUGUACAUAAUUAUGAGUUUAUGGUUAAUUUCCUAUUUUGGGAAGUGUUUCCCAUUUCAAUUGACUUCUAAUAUCAUUAGAUCUGACAUCACAACCCGACAAGUGAUAACUCUAAUUGCACGAUUUUGCAGUUUUUGAGUCGUUGAGCAAGUGUUAUUGACAUGUUGUCCAAAAGAACAUCACAAUAGUCAAAUAUUGGUUGAAUUACUGAAAUAUAUAUUUAGUAAUAUUGCAUGGAAGGAUAACAAACGCUCUCCCUUGGCGGAGACCAGAAAUUUUGGAGCUUCUUGGAGAUUUUAACAGUAAAUAUGAUCUCGCCAUGACAAUCUUUCAUCAAUAACUACCUCUAGUAAGUUUGAUACUUUGACUCUUUUUAUUGGUUUUCCAUCCAAAAAUAAAUAUUUUAUAUCCCGUUGUUUGUCAAGAUUGCUAUCAGACGCAAUGAACAUGUAAUCUGUUUUAGUAAAAUUUAGGGUAAGUUUAUUUGCUUUGAGCCAUAUAUAUGCGAAUAUUGUCAAGAUCUGCAUUGGCUGCAGUUGCUAUUUCCUUUAUCGACUUUCCAGUUGUAGUUAUAUUAGUAUCAUCACAUACAUUCGUGCUGUAGAAUAUUGCAGACAAAAAAGAAUGUCAUUAAUUAAAUAAGGUACACAAGAAAUAGCAAAGGACCAAGAAUAGAUCUUUGAGGUACCCCACAUAGCAACAAGCGCUGACUUGACACUAAGCCAUUUACAUAACAUUUUUGCUUUCGGUAAAAUAACUACGAUUUAAACCCAUUGAGACUCAGUAAAUCAAUUACACAAAAUCUAAUGAUCCGCCGUACUAAAUACCUUGGCCAAAUCUAUAAAUACUACAAAAAUCAAUUAACCUGUUUUUUUUCAGCCAUUAAAUUUUGUAUGAGCAAUAUUUUUUUUCACCAUGACCUGAGAAUAUUGAGAACGUUUUAACGUCAAUUAUUAAAAUAAUUACAAUAUUUGAUGCAGGUGCAGUUGUAGCUCAGGGAACUAUGGAAGAAGUAAAAAAGGAGAUGCCAGAGGAUAAAGAGAACAUUGUAAAACAUAUUGAUAACGAUCCUCACCAUGUGGAAGAUGGCGAUGAUCCCGCACAAACUGAACAGUUACGUGAAGCAGAAGAAGAUCGCCAGGUUGGGAAUGUUUCCAUCAAAGUUCAUGCAAAGUAUUUCACGCAUGGAGCACCAGUGUCGAUCCUUUUCCUAAUGUUAUUGGCAAAUGUAGCGGGACAAGGUAAAACGUAAUGUAGGACAAUAUUAUCGAAUCACUAAUUGAACGUUUGUUUACAGCAUUGCCAGCUAAUUUACAAUUUUUGAUAACACACACACAGGCCCGGCGCUACGUGUGUGUGUGUGUGUGUGUGUGUGUGUGUGUGUGUGUGUGAGUGAGGGCAGGGGGGUGUUACACCCUCCCAGAAAUUUUAUUCAAAGCUUCAGUUGGCAGGACUGCUAUUUUAGUUGGCAGACACAAAUAUUUUUGACGGAAAAAACUACUACUGAUAUGAUUUUCGCCUUUUAUAUAAGAAACGGAAAUUUUGGUUACUCGAAAUUUACUCAGCAGGAUAAUCGUUAUAAUCCGUUAGCAAAACAAGCCCAGAUUGACAGUUAUACUUAAAUGAAGUAUAUGUAGCAUGUUUGAUAGGUAGAACCGCUGAACACAAUAUAUUCCCGCCAAAAAUUCAAUGAUCAAAUAUGGCGAUUUAGAACAGGCUUCAUUUAUAGCACAACGGGCAUAAUUUCAGGGACCGCGGAACUGGGGGGGAUAAUAAUUUUCUAUACAUAUGUGAUUUUUAUAAACUAAGAAUACUGAAAUCUUUCUGAUCAGUUAACAAUAUAUUUAUAACUUAUAUAGCCAAGUAUUCAAUCUAUUUCUGGUUGGAUUAAACAAAUGACGGGUAAUAUUAGAUUAAGAGUCGUCUAUUAAGAAACUUUUUAACAGCAACUAGUAAAUUUGAUUGCAUUUCCAGGGCUCUGGGAGGUCUCAGAUUUCAAAAUUUCCCCUAAUCCCUAACAAACUCACGCCUUCGGCGUUCGCUAUAGCCCACUUAAUCCAAAAAUUGCUCCGCGGUCCCUGAAUUUAAUUGAUCCUGAAUUUAGUUGAUUUCCAUCGGAAAUUUUACAAUCAUCCAUAGCUAGCAUGUGGUCGGUACAAGCUCGUUCGUCAGUCGGUUGAAAUGACCUUACACCUCCCCCUGAAGAAUUUCCCAAGGGCGGCCCUGCCCACAGACCUGACGUCUCUUGUUUUACUUUGCCAAAAAAAUAGAUUGGACAGAAGUAACUAGUAAGCAUGAUAAUUAUGUGUAAGAGUCAUAGAUAUUUUAUAUACACUAGAUAGCGCAUCUCUUUUAGUAAAAUUGAAGCCAAGAAUAUUCCAGCGAUUACCCCCAGCCUAGUCCCAGCCUCUUUCUCAAUGCGCUGCUUUGAUCUAUUUAAAAGUCUUAUAAAUUUUAUGCCUGGGCGUGCUGUGCGAAACGCUUAAGCGAGAGAGCCUAGCAGAUUUCACUAAAAUGGUCCCUGAUUUCAAAAAAAUGGUCCCUGGCCUGGUUACCAAGCAUACCGCGUUAUGACAUUGCUCAGAGUCAGUCUCGUAAAUUUGUAUGAUUUUUUUAAUUCAGCACAUUUUUAAUACAGUUUGAAUUUGGUUAUGUAAACAUCGAAUAUGAUCAACGAAUAUUGUCGUAUUUACAAGUUUAUUUGUAUAUAUAAAUUUUCUGCCAUAUUAAAAACACUGAAAUCUGCUAGGCGUUCUGAAGCACCUUUAGCGGUGACGUCACACCUACGUCUUAGUCUCGUACUACAUCCACGUUUUUUCUCGCGCUUGCUUCAGAACGACUGAGACUAGGCUGUGUUACCCCCAUUUGAAUAGAUGGCGGCCAUGUUGGUCGUUCCCGCUCGCUAAUAAACGUUUAGAAAACAAAAAUAACUUUUAUCAUUUGAAUACUUUAAAAAUGUAUUUGGAGUAGGGUUAACUUAAUGUUUAAUUAAGUUCCCUGUUUAAGAAAUACAAAAAAAACCGAAUCUUCUCAUUUCUUGGGAACGACCUGAGACUGCAAUCACGGCUUCAAUUUUUGAAUUCAGAAUAACUAGAUGCACUAUCUAGUGUAUAUAAGAUAUCUAUGGUACGAGUUCUUUACUGUGCUGUUAUGUGCUUGCAACUGGAACAGUAAUAUUUAGGCUUUGGAAUUGAACAAUAUAAAUAAUAUGGGGUAACAAUUUUAUUAUUACUAAAAUUUCAAUUGACACGUAUUGUAGUAUAUUAAAAUAAUUUUUUGCUAAUUAUUUUUAAUCGCUUUAUUUUGCUAGGUUUGAUCUUGUGGAUUGACAUUCAAGUGUCAACAUUACCAAAUUUGGUAAAACAAACAGAGAAGUUUCACACAGCGUUAUAUGUAUAUCCAGUGUCUUUGAUUGCAGCAGUAUUAGUUACCACCCUUGCGAAAUGUUGCAUUUUUCUUCUACCGAUUAGAGCAAACUACGAACUCCACAACAAAAUGGUAUCUUGUCUCCUUCAAGUUCCAAGUCAUUUUUACGCCGUAAACCCACCUGGUCGUAUUCUGAACAGAUUGUCGCAAGACAUCAACAAUCUAGAUGAUCUUCUGCCAUUUUAUUUGGUGAAUUUCUUUCAUAAUGCGGCGCUUUGCCCGGGAGCUAUUAUCUUGUGUUUGAUGAGCAACGUUCUCUUAACGCCACUUGUUAUAAUCACAUUUAUAAUUUCGUUUGGCUUGUCAAAAAUAUUCUUUAAUUCUGCGAUGGACAUCAAACGUUUAAUGUCUCAAGCUGGUGGUCCGUUAUAUUCCCACUUUUCAAACACCAUGGAAGGAUUGAGGAUUAUUCGCGUGCAUAAUAGACGGAAAGAAUUCACGAAAGUUUUGCUAAGGUAUGAAAUUAAUUAUGAUGAGAUCAACGGUUGUAAAGCAGAUACUCUUAGUACGUUUUAGGCUUUCAAGUUUUAGCGAUAUUAAUUUGAACUCCGAAAAUGAGGACUUGAUUGGACUUCAAGUCUGAAAAAUAUAUCGACAUGUUUUGGUUAAAGGGUAUUGGCAAUAACAUGUUUUAUUGCUUUAUCUAAAAGAGCAUGAAAAAAUAAGCCGGUUGGCCGUUUACUGCUCUAUUCUAUCUCAUCUGGUUCCGAAGUUAUGCGCAAAAAUGUGCGAAAUAUAAAUUGCUGAUUCAGCACAACGUGUGACGUCCUUGGUUGGGUAAGUAUGUUUAUUGAAUAGUUAACUGAAGCAUAGGUCAGUUAUUAUUGGCUCAAAUCAAAUGAAAUUUCGCAUACAGAUAGUACAUGAUGAGAUGCAUGGGAAAAUACUUCUAAUUUUGUUGUCAAGGCAAUACAUUCGUUCCCAGGCUCCUUACACUGAUUUUGGAUAACUAGUUGCUUUAUCUAUGUGUAUGUCAUUUUCGAAUUAUUAUCAUGCAAGUAAACUUUUGGCGUGCAUAGGUAUGGCACACAUACUUCUGAUAUUAUUUUAUUCUUAUAAGUACCAUGAAUAAAGCUGUUUUAUAAAAUUGACGCAAGCGGCCUGGGAGCGACAUUAUUACCUUGGCAACAAAAUUAGAAGUGUUUUUCAAUGCGUCUCAUCAUGUAGUAUCAGUAUGCAAAAUUUCAUAUGAUUUGGGCCCAUAAUAACUGAGCUAUGCUUCAGUUUAGUAUUCAUUAAACGUACUUACCUAACCAAUGACGUCACACGUUGCGCUGAAUCAGCAACUUAUAUUUUGCACAUUUUUGCGUAUAACUUCGGAACUAGAUUAACCUGAGUAUCAGGCCCACGGUAUUGAAAGAGGGCCUGACACAAUUCGCCUCUAAAGCCAUGUUCAACAUCCAGAAUCUGGAUGUUAUGCUGAUUGGCUAAGAGACGAUAAAACGCAUCAUGUGAUUCAAACCGGAAAUAUAUGACCGGCGUAUGUAAACACCAAAAAUAGAAUUUGUAAUUUUGUCAAUAUACUGUUAAAAGUGCUUUAUUUCUGAAAUUUAUUUUCAAUUAAUUAAGCCUAAAAAUGACAAAAUAAGUACGAAAAGACGUUGAAAACGCUUUUGCAGCAACAUUUUACUCGGUAUAAAACUAAAACUACAUAGUCAUAGUAGAAAGCGUGUCUAAAUAUCUCGCCGUAAUAGUCGCCGUAGAACGAAAAUAUGUGGAUGUCGGAAAUUUUCAAAUAUUUAGUUCCAAAAAGUUGAAGCCUUAUUUAUCAGUUUAUUGCCGAGCUGUUUUCCAAGACCUGCAAGGAUAUAGUAGUCAGCCCGCUCGAACUAAUAUGCCAACAUCAGGCAGAAAUUGAAGACAAUACUGAGCUGUCUCGAAUAAACUAUUAACAUGACAUGAGGACCGAGGAAGAAGAAAUCCUAUUCAGAGCGCCGAAUGUUGUCUCUUUAGACUCCUGGAAAAAGCAUGAUCGAGCUAUGGUUCCCCGCAUGAGGCAUAGUUUACGCUUAGAAUUCCAUCAUGUGGAUAUUUCGACAAAAACAUACCGAUUUUUCUCCGUAUUUAUUCAAAUUUAUACAAAACUGCAAAUAACGAAAUUUGCGUAUUUACAUACCUGUAGCGGACAACCGGAAAUAUGCUACAACCGGAAAUAAUUUUAAUUGGCUGAUAUUCUGGGGGUGGAAAGCCCGUAGAGGCGAAUUGUGUCAGGCUCUCUUCAAUACCGAGGGCCUGAUACUCAGGUUAGAACUAGAUGAGAUAGAAUAGACCAUUAAACGGCCAAUCGGCUUAUUUUUUCAUGCUCCUUCAGAUGAAGCAAUACAUUUUUUUGUUGCCAAUACCCUUUAAGGUGGCUCCCUAGGGUUUUAUUUCCGGGGGUUACGUUCUUCGUAUAUAUGUAAACUAAAACUCGUGUGACUUCAAAAUACGAACGAACGUUGUGUUUUAUAUGGUACUCUUUUUUGAAACAAAAGUGUGAACUUUGCUUUAGUUGAAAGCAUAAAAGAGUUCUAAAAGCCAAAACGAUACUUGGAUGUGAUGUUUCAAAAGAAGAUAAUGUAAAUUUGUUUUUUUUAAGCGGUAUUCUGGAUGUUUUUUGAACGGCCGUACGCGAGGUUCGAUCGCGAACAUUGGGAUACGAUAUAAAGUCUCCUCAAGAAUUUGCAGUGUUUUCUCCACAAUCUAGCAGCACUUAUGACAAUAAAGAUGACUUAAAUAAUGAGCCCUCUACGGGUGAAAUGAGCAGGGCCGAAACUCCAAACAUACCGCUAUAAAAACUGAAAUUUGAACGGGCAUUUUGCGAAAACAUCCGACGAUAGUACUAACUCGCACGGGACGAAUUUUGACAAACAUUUUUCAAAUUAAUAACAAGAAGUCAUAACCAGUAAUUACCUAAAUAUCUUUGCCAUUUUGACAUGUAUAAUCCACGCUUAGUUGACCAUUAACCGACACAGUUAUAAACAGUAUAUCGAACAUAAUUUAUAUUUUGUGAUUUCAAAAAAGUCAUGCUUUGUUGUUUUAUGCAGAAUGCAUGUACACGUCAGUUGGGGUAUUAAAUUGUUCGCGUAAAAAUCUAGUAAAAAUUGCCAAAAUUAAACCCAAAUUUCUCCGUUUUCCUUCGGUAAAUUUUUUAAAACUUUGCACAUUUUUUAAUAUCGGUACAACAAGUGCAAUAUCUUUUUUUCUUAAAAUUAAAUCGAAGGGAAAAUUUUUAAUAUUGAUUUUUGACGUUAUUUAAAUUUUCUAAGAAACGUAUAGAUUUAAUUUUUUUAAAUUGAGGGAAAAAAUUAUUAUACAAGUAUCAUCUUUUAUGCAAAGUUUUAAAAAAUUUCACCGAAGGAACUUUUUAAAAUGACCUGAAAAAGACAAAAUUUUGAGCUUUAUUCUAAGCAUGCUGUUGCCAUGACAACAUAUUUCCAACAAAAAGGUGCAAUUUCCAAUGUUCAGGAGAACAUUGUCAAUGUGUCCAAUAAAUUUCGUUUUCAUGUCAUGUAAAGUAAAGAAACAGGAGUCUCCUGAAUACUAUAGUGUAGCAAAUUAAAAAACCCUAGGGAGCCACCUUAAAUUCUAAAGGCCUUUUUCGCCUCACACUUGCCGCAUGGGAACCUAGCAAAGCGUAUCGGCGAGCAUAGACAUUGCAUCAUUCACCCGUUAUCAUGCACUACAGUAACCAAAAUGAAAGUUGGUCUCAAAAUUCAUCAACAAUCUUGAGCAUAUUAUAAAAAAAGUUAGAAUUCUUCCGUACCCUAUUGUUCACAAAAGAGCAAGUGGGGAAUUUUGUUUUCGACCAGUCAGCGCAUUUUUUUUACAUUUUUCUCUAAGCCAAUCAGAAUACGUAAAACGCUACAUCGCAUGAAAAACUUGAAAGAUUUGUUCCAUGCAAGAGGAUCUUUUUAUUUUUUGCAUGAAAUUUGGAUAUAUUGUUCUUCAGAGAUUCUCUUGAAAUUCCUCGUGCGGAUUUUUAUUUAUUGCGUUAUUGCCCAGAUAUGGGUCUUGACCAAUUUAUGUCGAAAUAUGUACAUGUCCUUAUGUCCUUAAUUAGAAGUGUGAUCUAUUACCUGUUAUAGGUAUAAAAUUGUCUACUCCAUUUCAUGCUCGAGUCAGUUGUUCACACAAUUAAGGCGGAUUCAGUGCAACAUGUCUGAUUCAGUGCAACAUGUUUGCCCGAUUGACUUUUUGCAAUCGUUUUCUUUUCCAAUACAAACAGUCAAGCGGAACAAAUCAUGUUAGCUGUAGUUGACUGGACACACUUCAAAAGAAAGCGAUCGCAAAAAAACCAGCGUGCGACGUUGUGUACUGAACGGCCAAAUCCGCCUUUACGCAGUGAAUCAGCAGACUGCUACAUAACAGCAUGACUGCCGUAAACUUGAAAUCAUUUACAUCCCAAAUUCGAGACUUUGCAUACAUUUUAGAAUUGCAUACAUUUUAAAAUAUAAUUUAUACGGAUAUUAACAAUUCAGCCAGGUUUUUCUUUAUAUUUUAGCAUUUUAGAAUAUCAUGCCUAGAAAUACAAUACAGCAUGCGGUUUGACCUGCAGGCUCAAAAUUACAUAAUUUGCAGAUUUGCAUAAAUUGAUUACUUGGUAUUAAACAUGGAGGUUCACUCUACAACAACGGUACGAAAUUUACGAGAUUUCCGGGCCCUCUGAGCACUCCAGGUCCCGGGUAUUUUGCCCCCUCUCCGCUGCCUCCCCUCCCCCUCUCGCCGGCCUUACUCUACCAGGAGUUGAAUGAGUUAAGGAGUCUUGUUCUGUGCAGCACAGCUGAUUUUUAUAGCGAGAACAAGAUUAACGCGGCAAAUAUUAUCAAAUCUAUAUCCUGUGCACUUUGAGCUUUAUUAUCAAAUGCUAAUGAAGGGCUUACAACCACUGAUCUGUACUAAGAUUGGAUAACGCAUCCAUAGUAUACGAAAAUGAAGCCGGAAGUCACCAACCGCAACCCAAUUCAAAGGUUCCACUUUUGUAUAGAUUUGUAUUACAGAUGGUAGAUUUUCGCAUUUUCGCUUUGGGUACGUUUCUGACCGGUCCAGUUUUACAAUCACAAAAAUAGAAGCAUACAAGAAGAAUUUUGAGGAAAAAAUUUGGAGUAUUAUGGCUUUAUAACGCCGCGAAACAAGAUUUACAAUUUUGAAGGAAUGGAGAGCCUCAGACUUUGUUUAUCAACACAAGCUCGUUUGGCUACUUUCAUACAAAAUCAACUCAAAAUAUACAAGAAUUACUAUUACUGGAUGAAUAUUCUCAGAAAAUUUGAAGAAAUGAAGCAGCUACAUUGUGAACAAAAGCAUACUGAGGUUAGUUUUAAAAGACCUUGAGGCUAUACUACUUUUAUAAUUAUAUGAAUUAAUAAGGAAUAGUUUUAAUUGUCAAUUUUGUCAAGACCAUUCCCUCGACUUGUCGAGAAGUUUUGCAUGUUUUAAAGUAGAAAUACAAGUGACAAUCAAAUAUUUUUUAAUCCAAAUUAACAAUGACUCAAUAUAGUGUUAUUUUAAAGUGCCUAUGCAACGAAUUUUUCACCUCAUUUUUUAUUGUUUUUCUAAAAAGUGGAGUGAUGAAGAAUGACGUUUACACUUUCGUCAUAUCUCAUCUCAUUCUCAAGUUAUCACACUUUCUAUAUUUUGAGUUGCGACGUCACAAGUAUGAGUUGAGAUAAUGGCAUUCAAUAAAAUUCAAUGAAACUUGGUACACUUAGUGGGUGCACUCACGUGGUUGUCAUGGCAACACACUAGUCCCAAGUCUCCUCUCUUCCUUUCACAACUUUCCUCCCGCAGACCUCUUGCAGAGGAUGUUUACAUAUUAUAACUGUAUAAACUGAUCACAAUACCUACACGUAUCAUAGUAAUAAGCGAAUAUUGUAGAAAUUGCUAUUUAUUUCGUUGAAAAUGGAUCAUAUAGAUAUUGGAAGACAAGGGACUGGGGACGAGUGUGUUGCCAUAACAACCAUAUAAACAAGCCAAAUUGUUAACUUUGUUGCACCCACAAAAUGUACCAAGUUUCAUUAAAUUUUAUUAAAUACUCACCAAUAUAUCAUACUUUCUUGUUAUUGCCAUUAUCUCAACUCAUACUUGUGACGUCACAACUCAAAAUAUAGAAAGUGCGAUAACUUGAGAAUGAGAUGAGAUAUAACGGAACUGUAAACGUCAUUCUUCAUCACUCCUGCAGUACUUUUUAGAAAAACAAUAAAAAAUGAGGUGAAAAUUUCGUUGCAUAGGCACUUUAAUUAAUUCAUAUAAUUAUAAAAUUAGCGUCAAGGUAUUUUAAAACUAACCUCUGUACCCUUUCGUGCUUUUUGUGUCCCUUUUUAUCCAAAUUUCGCGAGAAACCAUGCUAUUACUUAUUAAUAAUAUACAUAAAAAAUGUUAGAGACAAUUAUAGUUUUAACUCACGUUUAAUAUAGCGAACCGUCCACUGACAAAGUUUUCCUGCUUUGUUAGCCUUUUUCAUAUUAUAAGAAGCUAACGGCUUGAAAAUUUCACUUAAAUGCGUAAGUUUUGCUGGUUGCCAUUAAAAAAAAAAGAUAAAUGUUAUAUUUUUUACCCGAACUAAACUUUUACUUAGGUUGGGAAUUCGCCCUGUUUGUUUUGUUUGGAAGCAAUCUGUGAGCGUUACUUGACGAUUGCUUUAAUUAAUCUGAUUGGUUGCUUUUAGAUCUCUCUGGUUUUUUUUUCAACAAUCAAAUCAGUUUGUAACAGAUUUUUUCAUUGUUGUUACAGAUUUGUGCACAGCUGUUUGAGAUUAAUCGCACUGAAAUCAGCGAACCACAAUCGAGUAAUAUUUAUGUAUCUUAUUAAUUAUGCUUAAGCACAUUGUCCAACCCCAUUUACAUCAAGUUCCAUACGCGCAAAGUUCAACAUUUAAACGUCUUUCAGACAAGACAUAACAAAAAUAUAAAAUUUAUUGGCUAACGUUUCGUUGUAUUGUUCACAACAUCUUAAGAGCAAUUAAACUUAUUUACAAGCGUGCAUUAUAUAUGUACAAAUUUAUAAAGGGUUACAUUAUUCAAAUAAGCGAAUAAGAGGAAGGGAUAAAAAACAACCUAUCAUUAAAAAUAUUAGUAAAUUAGUAUAGGUAAUCAUGCGAUGGCGAGUACAAAUUUCCAAACAUCACGAGUACCAUUAAUCCCUAAUUGUACGAGCAACAUCGCAUGAUUACUUGUUUAUUAUUAGCAUGACAAAAUUGGAUACGUACUUCUCAAUGUCAGCAUCAUAUUCUCUCGCCAAAGCCCAGUCCCGUCAGACUUUCAACCAAAAUUUGGUGCUUUUGUUUGUAUUUUCAUUUAGUUCUUUUGUUAAAGCAAAAUUUGGUGAUUUUGUUCGUAUUUUCAUCUAGUUCCUCCACGGCAAUUUCAUUUCACGCUUGAGUUUAAAAUACGUUUCCGCCAUUUUGUUUGUUUUGGGAAAAUCAUUAAUUGUACUGCAGUACAAUUAAUGAAAUAAUUGUACUCCUCUCAACCAAUCAGCAUCCAGUAAUUUUGUCAUGCUAAUAAUAAAAGAUAUAACGGUUAGUAAUUAUUAGUAAUUAGAGACCUAUAGCAAAGCAUUAGAAUGGGUCAAGAGGAGUUGACCUAAUGUUGGCAUUUAAAAUAGGAUUAAGUUUAGAUAUGAAAAGGCUUUCGCGAAUGAGUAAAUCCGCUUCAGAAGUAGCAGUGGAAAGGAUUUUAAAAUCAGAGGGUGAAAUUUGAUGUUUAGUGGUAUGGAUAUGAGCGGGUAUGCCUGACAUGGAUGAAACAGAACGUUUCUUUCCAGUCAAAGGUGAAACACCCAUAUGUUCUGAGAUACGCGUGUGUAUGUGUCGGCGAGUUUGACCAACAUACAAUGCACCACAGCAUUGACACUUAUACAAAUACACAACAUGCGAUCUCAGUUCACAGGGAAUUUUGUCCUUAAAUGGAAAGAAGUUCGAAAGACGGAAAGAAGGACGAAAGACGACACGUAAGGAAAUAUGUGAAUAAGCAGAAUAAAGAAAUUUCUGAAGUUGUGAUCGAAUUUGUAAACCAUGAUGACCAGUGAAAGGAAGACAAAAAUACAUAUCCUUUUUAGAGCAAGUAUGAACUUUAUCACGAGAGUUAUUUUUGUUAUGUCUUGUAUGAAAGUCUUUUGCUAGGCUUUAAUUUUCAUUUUUAAAUUACGCUUUCCACCCGGUGUAUCAGUCGCUGAUGAUUUAAACGUCUGUUGGAGUGACGAAUCUCAUUAAUUAAAUGUAACUUUACUCUUUUAAUUUUAUUUAGUCUCACUGACCGUCAUCACGAAGCUAUGUAUGCUUAUUAUGCGGCAUCACGUUGGUUUGGACUCGCCUUUGACGUAGUUUUUUCAGUUUUCUUGAUAAUUGUGUCCACAACUGAGUUGUAUUCUGUAACGGAUUCCUCUACUGCUGGUAAGUAUUUAAUUACAUUAAUAUUUUUUAUCUACACGUAUGCGCAGUGUAUAUUGUCGAUCAUCGUGCGAAAUGAAGUGUAAUCUGAUUGGUCGAACUCCUCGCUGUAUAUUUGGAAGUUAUUCUGUGAACUCGGGUCCUAGACGAGCUGAUACUGACCGGUGCGUAGUAUUAUUGUACUAUUAAGGAUUCUAUGGUGUACUUCAUAUAUAUAGAUAAUAUUUUUUACUCUUUCUCUGUUCACAUUCUUGCAAAGAAUGUACGCAAAUCUUUUGACAUAAGUUUAUUAUUUAGAUUAUUUUCCAAUUGUUAGUGACAGUAGUUGAGCCCACUGUGCCUGUAAAUGUUUAGGGCCUUCACGCGAAAAAUGAACAGCCAGCAGAGGCCACACAUAAACAGUAAAAGCAAACUUACCUAUACACUUUAAGAUUUCUCAAUGUAAGAAUUGAACGAGAUAUGAACAAUUAUCAAGGUUGUUAAUCGGCUAACAGCCAACUGUAAAAUUUUCGUAUCAAUUCAAUAGUCGAGCAAAUACAUGCUGAGUUUUGACAUAAUAUUCAAAGGAGUGACGUCAUAGUGUUGAAACAAAAAAUAUAUUCAACGCUAUGACGUCAUGAUAUUGAUAUUAAACGUGAUGCCGUCAUGCUAUGAAAACGCGAAUACAAUAUGUGGAAACACCACUAAAACAAUGUGGCAUCACGUGUUUGCAGAUUUUAUAGGGAACUAUUUAGAUUAUCGACAAAAACAGCCAUGGAAGGUUUAAAACAUCUUAUCGAACUUAUAAAAGAUAAAAGGAAAGAUUUUCGUCAAAGAGCUACAAUCCGGGCCAAAACUCAUGUGGACACUUAAUCCACUUUUGCAAAAAUCAUAACAAACACCUAAAACUUGAAUUUACUUGCACAUCCCCCACUCCCCCUCUUCAAUGUUGCAUAUCCGACUUAACCACACUUCGUAUUUGAUGAAAAAUCCCAUUCAACAUUGGCUUGGGGGAGCGGGGGGAUAAUUAUUUAGAAAAAACAUCAUUCGAGGCCAAAUUCUGUGGGUUGUCCACAACGUUUUGUCCAGGAUUGUCUGAAAAAUUAUGGGCAUGGAGCAGCGCUGUUUUCUCACUUGUUAUUUAACAUUUGAUAUGUCUGAUGAGACUAUAACGCAUACCUAUGUAUUCUAAGUUUUUGUUAUACAGUUUGAUCGCUGAUGACGUCACUAUUAGCAAUAACGUCACUUCCGGAUGUUGUAAAUAUAAGCUAAUUUGUGGGAAGCGUGCGUAAAACCAACUAUACUGAAUAGGUGCGAGCAUAACUUUUUCUCAAUCUUAUACAUCAAAGGUACAUCGACUUUACUGUUCAGAUACAUAGCCAAGGAGCGCAUUUAGGCUUUAACAGGAAAGAAAUUGUCGCUGCAGAAAAUUUUUAGUGUCAUAUUUACGGAGAUUCAGUAUGAUUCCAGAACGUCUCAAGACUCAAGCUAUGUAGCAAUUACCUUAUUCCAUGGAAUAAACCAUUGUAUUUCUGCAUAUUUACUGAUUUUAACGACUCUUGUAGUUUUGAACAGCCUAUAUUUUUAUAUACAGCCCUAAUAUAUUACUCGCCAAUGACAAGAUCCUUGCAAUAUGAAACUGGAAAAGCUUCAGUACUCAAAACGAAAUAUAUCAUGUUAACCUUUUUCGCCAUUUGAAAGGCAAUAUAAUUUGACAUUGAGGAUUCUUAGUAUUUCCAAAGAUAAGUGUCUAUCAUAAACUUGUACGCGAACUCGAUCCAGCUACAGCCAUUAAAUACAUACAAUGCACUUAUACUUUUAAAUCUUAUAUUACAAUUGGCGUUUGUCAAAUAAUGAAAUAUUCCCUUACACUUUUCAAUACUGUGCGCCGACUAGCAGGCCAGCACGGUCUACAGUAACUUCGGACUUGAAUUAUACACAGUUGCUGCAUUGAAAUGUAACGAUUUCUUCUUAGGGAACUACCUAUACAUAUUAUACUUGUUAUUAAAAUGUUUUCGUAAUAUACACAGUAGAGAAAUAAAAAGUUACCACGGUCUACAUAUUAAAAGUAGCUCUUUGAAUAUAAUAGAUCAUAGCUCAUUAGUAUUCAUGAAAAUACGAUUUUUGUGUGUAGACCGUGGCGAUUUUUAAGGCAUAGCUGAUUUAUUACUGCAUGUAAAAACCUAGAUUUUUUCCAAGUUAGUCUAAACAGGUUUCUUAUGUAAAUGAUGCUUACCUGACUGUUCAUGUCACAAACCGUAAUUAUGUUUUGUAUAUAUUCAGUAUUUUUCGGGGGGGGGGGGCUUGCAUAGGCCCUUGAUUUGUGUUCAUGCGUAUCCCCUUGGAGUUCUAUUAUGGAGUUCUAUUUAUAUUAGCAUAUAACAGCUCAAAAAAAUCUGUUAAAUAAAGAAAGAUUCGUUGAUGUAAAUCAAAAUUUCAUCAGUGUUUCAUUCCUAGGCAUUCCGAUGAGCUCUGAUAUAUAUGUACUAUUUAAAGCACGCGUAGGAGUGUUUUAUCACAUAUAAAACACGACGCGUAGCGGAGUAUUUUAUAUGUGAUAAAACACGAUUACAAGUGCUUUAAAUGGCUUAAAAAACGACUCAUCUUAUACGAGUUCAUUGGCGAAGUAAUUUUUAAAAUAAGCUUUGUCUAAACCGAGAAAAUCAAAGCUAAAGUUUAUGUAAAUUAACAUGAUUUUUUAUCACAUAUAAAACCACGACACGCUUAUGAUUUUUCUUUGUGUUUUGCUCCUGAAUUAUUAAUGAGUUUUUUAAAUAUAUAUAUAUAGAGAGCGGACUAGGCAUAUAUUUUGCAACUGUAUACUCCGUCUUAUUCUUAGAAGUUAAUAUCACUUCGCCAACCUAAGUAUUUUAUUUUAGUAUCAAUAUGAGAUUAAUAUCAAUAAAUUCAUACUUUCAGUUCAUAAUUUCAAAACAUACAUUUUUAUAGCACAAAAACGUUUAAUAUUAUCUUAGCGUCUCGUCACUGUUGAUCUCUUGAACUCUUGUGUUGGUUAUGCAACAUCCGAAAUCAUCUCCAUGGCGCGCACGAGCACGAACAAAAGCUGUUGUGGAGCUUUUGUACGGUCAAAUAUUUCGCCUUUGGCUUUGCCGCGAAGAUACUAACAGCAGCCGCAUUCUCAAUCACACUUGUUUCGAAUUCGUCAAGCCAAAAAAUUUUUAUCAAGUGCUUCUCCCAUAAAUGCAACAAUAUCAAAGCGACCUCUUUUAACGAUUUUUAAAUUAAAAAAGUUACAGUAUAAGAUUGUGUUAUUGUGUACAAGAAUUUCUAGUGUACAAAUGUACAAGAAAUGCAGCGAAGUAUUGUAAAACAUUGCAUUCCUCGGUCGCAAAUUAUAUGGAAUGUUAUUUAACGAGUUUCUAACUCAUCAUAUACUUCAUCCUUUAUAAUUAAGGUGGAUCAAAACAAAAAACGUAAACAAAGCCCGCGCAUGCCCAGAAGUGACUGUAACCUACCUUUAAUUAAAAUUAUUGUUGAAUUUAGUUUUCGCAAAAUAAAACUUUGUCUGUUAACACAAACUUCAUGCCUGAUAAUUAGGUAAAUGAAAUACUGUGUUUCUAAACAUGUUUUCUUAUGUUUAGUUAUUGCUUCAAUGGCCAUUCUGUAUUCAUUUCAAAGUGCUGUUGACAUAGUUGGAACGACUCGUAGUGUUGUAGAGGUGCAAGCUCAGAUGACUUCUGGUGAACGAAUUCUGGCUUACACUGAAAUUAAACCUGAGAAGGGACACGAGAUCAAUGAACAGCCACCCAAAGAUUGGCCAGUGGCAGGGAAAAUAGAGUUCAAAAAUGUUUCCUUGCGAUAUUAUGAAAAUGGACCUAAAGCAUUGAAAGAUAUGUCAUUUCAAAUCAAUUCAUCAGAAAAGAUUGGCAUUGCAGGAAGGACAGGUGCUGGUAAAUCUUCUCUGGUUGCAGCGCUCAUGCGAAUUGGCGAAACUGAAGGGGAUAUUAUUGUUGAUAAUAUGAAUAUUGAGUAUCUAAAUCUUCAAUCUACUCGUCAACAAAUUUCUGUGAUUUCCCAAUCCCCUGAUCUUUUUAGCGGUUCUAUCAGAGAGAACCUAAAUCCAACUGGUGGUAUAAAUGAUUCUGAAAUAUGGAGUGUUUUGGAUCAGAUGCAACUGAGUUUUCUUGUUCGAAGUUUACCAGGAAAGCUGGACCAUCUGUGCAUUGGUGGCGGUACAAAUUUUAGCAUUGGUCAACGGCAGUUGUUUCGUUUAGCAAGAGUUUUAUUGAAACAGAACAAAAUAAUAAUUUUUGAUGAAGCAACAGGAAAAGUGGACAAGAAAACAGCAGAACAAAUACAGAACGUUAUUCAUGAUGUACUUAAAGAUUGUACAGUAAUAAUAAUCUCGCAUCGUAUGACAACAAUUCAGAGAUGUGAGAAAAUUAUGGUGUUGGAGCAAGGUUCCAUUGUUGAGUUUGAUAAACAACAUGUUUUGCUUAACAGGCAAAAAGGAUUCUUAUCAGAACUCGUGAGAAUAGCCAAUGAAGGCAAAAUGUACUGAAAUGGACAAAGCGCGUAGAUAUUUAAUCCAUUUAGUGCUUUAAGCACUAUACGGAUAAUUUAUAUCCAUGCAUGAUAGAUUUUAACUAUGUAUAUUUAGGUCUCCGUAUAGUGAACAUGCAGACAUUCAACACUCCGUUUAGUGGAUAAUUAUAUAUUUUUAAGCCUCC